AUGUCCUCCUCCCCCGUCACCACCGCGGCGACCAACAUCCUCCUCGCUGCCGUCGAAAACCGCCGCUCGUGCUACACCCUUACCAAGAAUGCGCCACCCGUCACCGACGCGCGCAUCCGCGAGAUCGUCCAGGCCGCCGUCACGCACACGCCCUCGGCCUUCAACGUGCAGUCCACGCGCGCCGUCGUCCUGGUGCAACGGGACCACGAGGCGCUGUGGGACCUGGGCGACGCCGCCCUGAAAGCCGCCAUGCCCGGGCCGGCGUACGCCGCGCUGGCGCCCAAGGUGCAGGGCUUCCGCGCCGCGUACGGCACCGUCUUGUGGUUCGAGGACCAGGCCGCGCUCGACGCCCUGAAGGAGAAGAACCCGGCGCUCCAGCACGUCGUGCCGCAGUGGUCGGCACAUUCCAACGGCAUGCACCAAUUCCUCGUGUGGACCGCCCUGGAACUCGAAGGCCUGGGCUGCAACCUCCAGCACUACAACUUCAUGCCCGAGUUCCGACACGAGGUGCAACGUCGGUGGAACAUCCCGUCCACCUGGGCCUUGCACGCCCAGCUGGUCUUUGGGACGCCGGUGGACGGUCUGAAAAGGAGCCGAGAGCGGACGUACCUGCCUCUCGAGGAGCGGGUGAAGAUGUUUGGCGCGGAAUGA